CCGUAAUUACCGUUCUGCCCUUCUUCCCUCCACCUUCAUAAUACACAGAAAUGCAGUCCGUAUGUUCAGAGCUUUUCUGUUAGUGACAGAGAGAUGGAAAUGGAAAACCUCUCCCGGACUCGCCUUGGCAAUGGCUUCUCAGCCAGAGCCAGCAAAAAGUCGCUCUACGACGACCUUUUCGGAGGACCGCCGAAGACCGGCGCCGGCGCCCCUUCCCUGUCUCCCGGCCCCGAAGACUACAACGAGAUUUUCGGAGGCUUCCGCUCCUCCCGGACCUCCUCCAUCCCGGUUCUGGAUCUCCCGACGGCCGGCGGCGGCGACGAUCUCAAGUCUCUCGAUGGCCGGGCCUCGCGGUUCGACUACACUCAGAUUUUCGGGCGGUUCAAUGUUGUGGAUUUUGCUGUUUCGCUCGAGGAUUUGAUGGGACUGCCUAAUGCUGGGUACAAUUCCUCAGACGAGGCAUGGAGUCCAGCUCAGAGUGAAUCUCUGUCGGAUGAUUCUGAUCCGUCUGCUUUUUCUGAUGGGACUUCACACAUAGCUCAGUUGCAGACUGAGCCUUCUCAAUUGCCACCACCAGCAAGACCACCACCUACCAGACCAAAUCCAACCCUCAAUCCCUCUAAGGUUGAUCUUGAUCAACCUGAAGGAGGGGAAAGCAUCACUUUUGCAGGAAAGUUUUCAGAAAGUGAACCGGAGGGAGGUUAUUCUCAAGGUACUUAUAAUAGUGUGGAAUGGAGGGAAGUAAUGGGAUUCUUUGAAGUGACCAAAGCAUACCCACAGGAAUCACCCGAGAAAUUUAAAACUGAAAUGCAGCAGCCAUUGAGGGAAGAAGAGAUGAAGAAACCAAAUGUGGCCAAAGAGGUUUUUGAGCAGAAUAUGGACACAUUCAAAACAAAACCAAAAUCAAAUCAUGGAUCUGAUAAAUUCGAAUGUAAAAGGAGAGAGGAGGAAACAGCAGAUACUGAAAAGUAUGAUAGAAGGAAAAUGCCUUCGGGUGACAAAACAUCAAAUGGAAAAAUCUCAAAGAACAUGCUUGUGGAGGUAAAAAGAGACGGCCAAGAGAAAGGCAACACUGGAGGAAAAGGAAAAAAUGCCGAGCUGGUGGAGGCUCUUGAGAUAUGCAAAAACAGAAGCAGAAUUAAAGAGUCUCUUUGGGAAGAACAUGCUGAGAAGACAGUCAAAUGGGAAAGCACAAUGAAUGAUCAGAAUUUGAAGAUGCAUGUUUAUCAUGACGAGACCAGGAAUGCUUUUACGUGGGAACAUGGUAGCAAGCAAUUUCCUAGAGCUUCCCAGAAGGAUGAGCAAGAUGACGUGAGAUUAGCCCCAACUUCUAAGGUAGAAGUUGAUGACACAUCUGAAGAAGCCGAUGAACUUGUUGAUAUUGACUGGAUUAUUAAGGAUCACAGUAAGCUGGAAGAAUUGAGUGAAGAGGCCAAAAUCAAUGAAGCAAUCGGGAAAAAUGAGGAGAACGUUGCUGCAUUUGGUAGAGCUUAUAAACCAAAUAUUAUGGCUGUACAAGUGAGCCAAUUAUCCGAGAAGCAGGAGGAAAGCUCAAACAAGCCGGAAGAAACUCAAGUAGCCUUUUCACAGGGUGAUGAUCAGAAAGUAAAAGCUGCAUGUGAAAGAAAAUUCAAAAUUGAAGUUGAUAAUUUGCUGGUCGAGGAAAGAUUCAACUCUGCAAAUCAAGAGCAAGAGAACUUGCAACAUAGAGUUGUCAUAAAUCAUCCUUGUUUGGAUGAGCACUUGUUGAACUCCAGAGAAACUGGCAUCAACAUUGUGAAAUUAUCACACCCUAAAAAGGUCUCUCCUGCCUCGCAAAUGGCACACCAUUCUGAAGGCACAAAAGGAAUAACUUUUCAAGGUCAGAAGAAGGACAAUAUUGAAGGGUUGCAGUUUACCAUCAACAAGGAAGUUACUAAAGAGAAACUUUCACGUCAAACUGUUAGGAACUGGACUGAGAAUGGAAAGAGUGUUCUAGAAGAGAAACCAUCACAGACAGAUCAAAGAAGCACGAAGAAGACCGGAGGAAUAGAGGAGAUGGCUUCAGGCGUAAGCAGGAUACCUGACGAGCUGGGGGACGAGUAUCUAAAAAAGAUGGAAGAAGAGAGGGAGAGAGAGAGGGAGAGAGAAAAGGACCGGAUGACUGUGACUCUUGAAAGGCCAUAUGCUGAAUCCCGACAACGUGUCUUUGAGAAGGCAAUGGCUGAGAAGGCUAUGAAUGGUUCACGAGAACGAGUAGAUAGAUCAUAUUCUGAUAGGUUUUCAGGGAAUGAUGAAAUGCGAACACACUAUUUCUCUUCUAAUAUUAUGGAUCACCAGAACCAGCAUGCCACAAAGUUGAGAUAUUCAUACUCUGCCAAUGCGGGCAUUGAAGGCGAAUCAGCUCAGAGAUGUAAAUCUCGAAUAGAGCGAUAUCAAAGAACGACUGAGCGUGCUGCCAAGGCUCUUGCAGAGAAAAACAUGCGUGAUCUUCUUGUUCAAAGAGAGCAACUGGAGAGGAAUAGAUUGGCCAAAGCGCUAGAUGCUGAAGUUAAGAGAUGGUCAAACGGGAAAGAAGGGAAUCUGAGGGCAUUGCUGUCAACAUUGCAAUAUAUUCUUGGGGGCAAUAGCGGCUGGCAGGCAGUUCCACUAACGGACAUAAUAACCUCUGCAGCUGUAAAGAAAGCUUACAGGAAAGCCACACUUUGCGUCCACCCUGACAAAUUACAGCAACGUGGUGCAAGCAUUCAACAGAAGUAUAUAUGUGAAAAGGUCUUUGAUCUUCUAAAGGAAGCUUGGAACAAGUUCAAUUCAGAGGAGCGAUAGUCAAAGUCAUUAAUUAGUCAUUCUGCACCUUUAAUCUGUGAGAAUAGCUAAGUCAGGGAAGGGUACCUUUUUUAUUUCUCUUUCCUGCCAAUCUAUACUCUUUUAGUUUUGACACAAACCUUAGUUACCCAGCUUUAGCUCCUAAAGUUUUCAGUUUCGGGUAAGAAAAGGUAUUAAACACGCCAGGGAGAAAUGUGGAAUAUGGAUAGUACUCCCAUCUAAUGUCAUGUGACAGCAGCAAAAAUUGACUAGUGGUGGUCUGAUAUGUUUCUAAAUUUUUACUGAACCAUCAUGUUCUUCCACUUUCAUUAAUUUGUUCAUAAUGUCAACUAGUCAGCUGGUGUAUUUUGGGUCUU